AUGGCGGCGGAACCCGGGCGCCCGUGGGUCCAGGCGCGCACCGCAUACGGCGCUAGCGAGGCGCUGCGACGGGCCGUUGGCCGCCGGCGGGACCACGGGCCGCAGGCCAACGGGCCGGGCCCUGAAGAAACCCGCGCCCCGGGUCGCCUGGCUCGCCUGCGGGGUCAGCUCCGGGCCGAGGCGGCGGCGCGGGCCGACGAGCCUCGGCUGCUGAGGCUGGUGGAGCGCGCGGGGGCCGCGGCGGGGGAGGCCCGGGCGCCUGGGGCCGCGGGGCGAGCGGAUGCGCGCAGCAGCGGCUCGGUGUGCUCGGUGUGCGGAGAGCCGCGCGGCGGGGCCACCUACCCGGCGGGGGUCCUGGAGGUGAGCGAGCGACGGCUGCAGGAGGGCCUGGCGGCUGUGCGCGCCGAACUGGGCGCGGGGCUCGAGGCGCUGCGCGCGGAGCUGCGUGCGGAGCUGGACGCCCUGCGCGAGCUGCUGCCGCCCCCGCCGCCGCCCGCCCGCCGGGAGCCCCGCGCCGCCCCCCGCGCCGUGCCCCGCGGCCCAGCCCUGCUGCGGGCGCUCGGAACCAUGAAUGCCUUGGCCGCGGCCGCGAGACCCGCCAACGACACCCCGGACGGCCCCGCGGACGGCGGCGCGAACAGGGCCCCGGCCAGGAAGAACUUCAAGAAGACGCCGGUACCGCCCGGGGCCGCGCAGGGCAGCGGGGAUUGA